AAUCACUAUUUAUAUUUCAUGACGUCCACCGGCGCUUUUGCGAAGUAGAAAAUUAGUUGGUGAAUUUUGAAAAUAUUUUUAGUAGUAUUAUUCGAAGAGAAUUCUAAGGGAAUACGAAGUUUUUAGCCCGGACUAGGUAGAUGCCAUUGAAGAAAUUUGCAAAAAAUCAGAAUAACCAAAAGAUUACAAAAAUGGAUGAUCCUGAGAAUAAGGCUAAAUCAUUUAUUGAAAAGUUCGUUGGAGACAUCAGUAAAUAUUCCGCAACAAAACAAAUUGCUUUGGGAACAACUAGUGGAUGGGUAACUGGGUUUCUGGCUAUGCGAGUUGGUAAAACUGCAGCCCUUGCACUAGGAGGAGGAAUAAUUUUGCUUGAAAUAGCCAAUGAAAAAGGUUACAUCAAAAUAAAUUGGGACAAAGUACAAAAAAAUCUAGACAAAGUCAGCGAUAAAGUCGAAGAAACAGUCACUGGUCAAACUCCAGGUUGGAUGGACAAGGUCGAAAAAUAUGUGGAUAAACAAGUUGAUAAAGCAGAAAGUACCUUCAAAAGGAAACAAGGGGAAGCCAAGUCAUGGUAUUCAAGAUUAAUGGGGAAUUCCGAAUGCCAACUUAAAGAAGUGCAUAUUUUCUUAGUCUCUUUUGUUGCUGGUAUGGCUAUUGGAAUCGGAACUGCUUGAAUCUAUUAUUGUAAUCAGUAUAUUAUGUUACUAUUAGGAUAAAAACAAAGUAGGACUGUAAUAACUAAUAAUAUUAAAUCAUAUAAAUAAAGUACUUUAAAUAAGUUAUCCUCAUCUGAAUAGUACUGUAAAUUGGAGAGGUUGACCCAAUAUAUUUAUAAAACCAU